UCAGCCGCAGCCGUUUCUCUUCUGUCUGUGGCAGUCGCAGUUCAGACUCAAGGCUAGCGAUAGCUCGUCUCCGGCCUGUGCGGGUUGGCUCCCUGCGUUACUUUCUUUACUUGUCCGGUAAACAUUAUGGCGGCCGCGGAUUCCCGCUUCUCGAGUGAUGGCGGGCCGGCCAGCAGAGGAGGAUAUCAUUCCGGAGAAAGCAGCAACGACCGCGACGGACCGGGCGGCAGCGGGGAGAGCGAACGGGAGCGAGAUCGGGCUUCCUUCGAGUGUAACAUUUGUUUGGACACUGCCAGGGACGCUGUCAUCAGUAUGUGCGGCCAUUUAUUCUGCUGGCCUUGUCUUCAUCAGUGGCUGGAGACGCAGCCCAGCAGGCAGCAGUGUCCUGUGUGCAAAGCAGGCAUCAGCAGAGAGAAAGUCAUCCCACUGUACGGCAGAGGAACUUCCAGCCAAGAGGACCCCAGGUUGAAAACUCCACCUCGGCCUCAGGGGCAGAGAACGGAGCCCGAGACCAGAGGCGGGAUGUUCCAAGGUUUCGGAGACACUGGCUUUCAUAUGUCUUUUGGCAUUGGUGCUUUCCCCUUCGGCUUUUUCACCACAGUCUUCAACACCAACGACCCCUUUCACAGAGCAGACCAGUAUGCAGGUGAUCACCAAGGUAACGGUAACCACAACAACGGCAAUAACAACUGGCAAGACUCCCUCUUCUUAUUUGUGGCUAUCUUCUUCUUCUUCUGGCUGCUGAGUGUGUGAUCAAGACCAGAUGGGAUAGAUGUUAGAGAAGAUUGAUGACUGGGAGGAAGGAGCAAGAAAUAAAACAAAAUUCACACACUCAGCCAGAUUAACAGAUACACAUCUUACAUUAUGUCACCUGGGAGAGAGCAGAGUAUCGUUUGAUCCCUAAACAAGAAAUACAGGUUUUCUCCCCCACAAAGUCAGACCAUUAUGCUCUGAAACACACAUACACACACCUGCUCUGUUCAUUUUGUUUAUGCAAGAAACACUCACUGCAAAGUUGAGCGAAUCCCAAAGUGAGUCAUGUUAGCCCUCCCUCUCUGCACACACCUGUAGAUAUAUGCACACUGGAAAGUGGACGGGGGUCUUGCUGUUGGUGUUCAAAGACAGUAUUCAUGAUCAGGGUGAGCCAUGUAAAUGAGAUUUUUUUGUUUGUUUUUAAUUUGGAAGGUCAAACUCUGUAAACAGGAGGUUGUGGAGUGACUAAAUCUGUUUAGGUUUAUCACUGACGUCCCUCUUGAAGGAGUUCAUUCCUCAAACAGAGGGAGGGAAUCUCUUUGUAGAAAGAGUUAGCAAGCUGGAAACGGUGAGGACGGGGAUGCAUUACGUAACACACUGGCUGCUGUAGUAGACUUUUCUUUCUCUGGAAGGCCAAAGAGUAGUGGAUCGGUUGCAUAUGAUGCUGGAGUGGAAAAUGUAAUUAUGCUCCUGUUUACAGUUCCCACAUGAAAUGUGCUCCUAGAUUUGACAGAAAUGGUAGUUGGGUGCAUUUUAUAUACAUUUGUCUUAACAAAAACUGCCAUUACACUGUGAAGUCAUUUGUAAAUGGAGCCGUCCUUAACUUUGGAGUGUGUGCUGGUGUUCAACCACUUGUUGCUUGUAUCCCCAUCGUUCCCUCAGCGUAACAGUGCUGACAAAGAUACGGGCUGGUGUAAGAUUUUAGAACCAGUCCCCCCCCCCCCUGUCAUUCAUGUGCAUGUGGAUUACGUAACAGCACAAAGUGACAACAAGCAGAAAGAAUCUUCUGGAUCACUAAUGUGCAAACAUACAAACCAGUUUCAGGAUUUAUUGAAUGACAGCUCACUGAACUUUGCCUCCUCCAAACUGACAAGAUUACAAAACACCUCUGUCACUGUUGAUUGGUUUUUCUAAUCGUGUCUGUAUCUGCUUAUGUGUGUAUACAUUAUAUAUUUGUACAUAUGAAUAUUGUAAAUGCUGUUUUUAUGUGUUUCUGACUGGAUGACCAGCCAUGUGCAACGAAGCAGGACAAGAUGAGAUAUGACGUCUCAAGAUGCUUUUACAGAGCAAGAAAUGAUCUGGUUUCUGUUUUUUCUGAGCUCCUUAACUCCCCCAUAAAAUUAUUCAUAAUAAUUAAAAAAAAAAAACAAAAGCUUCCUUCCCUACUAAUGUGAAUGACGAGUGCACAUUAAAUUUUCCCCUUUUACUGUACAAGCUGCUACUGUACAGCAUCUGAAAGUGUAAUUAACACACAUUUAUCUGUGUAAAGAAAAUGUGAAGCUUCAUCUCUGACUCUGGAUGUGUAAAGAAAAAAAGUCUUAUGACGCUUAGCUUACCUGCAGUGCUUCCUGAACAUUUAGACAGUUACUUCAUGCUGUUGCUUCAAAUCUUUGUUCAGCCAAACUACAUACAGUGAAUCUGGCCUUGAAAAUUCACGCCGGGGUCAGAGAAGAACCUUAAAGCUCUGUGGGAUGAAUUGAGUGUCAGCUGGGGUCAUUAUAUCUUGGAUUUUUGUCUGUUUAAGCUUAACAUUGUAUUAAGGGGCAAUGUGACACUAAAAUGAUGGAAGCCACAAGUUGCUUCCAUCUUUCAUGCUUCAAGAUUUUUGACUAAACAUGGAUAUUGAUCAAAACCAAAUGGUCUGGAUUAAAAUUUGAUUAAAACAUUUA